AUGCCUGUUGCAACCGGAAGUUGGGCGACUCUUAUCGCCAACAUUCUGGUGCCGAUAGCUGUCCUCAUCUUUUCGUCCGGCUUCUUCCCGUAUAAACCUUUGAUUCCCGGUCUAGCAACCUUUGAACAAGAUGGUGGGUUUGUUGCGCCUCCAAACGUCUUCGACAAAGUAGUUUUCAUGGUGAUUGACGCAUUGCGGAGUGAUUUUGUUUACUCUGACAAUUCUGGCUUCGCUUUCACUCAAAGCUUGAUUCGCUCUGGCGCAGCGAUCCCAUUCACUGCCUACGCCAGUUCUCCAACGGUAACGAUGCCUCGGCUCAAAGCCAUCACCACGGGGUCCGUUCCGUCCUUUCUGGAUGUAAUUCUAAACAUUGCGGAAUCCGACACCUCGUCAACACUUGCCUUCCAAGAUACGUGGUUGGCACAGCUGAAAGCCAGAGGAGACCAGCUUGUCAUGUACGGGGACGACACCUGGCUCAAGCUAUUCCCCGGAAUGUUUGGAAGAGCUGAUGGUACCACAAGCUUCUUCGUGUCGGACUUCACAGAAGUAGACAACAACGUGACCCGGCAUGUCCCUGAGGAACUCAAGCAGGAUGACUGGUCAGCUCUCAUCAUGCAUUAUCUGGGCCUGGAUCAUAUAGGCCAUAAGUCCGGCCCGAGAAGUCCUUAUAUGAAGGGGAAGCAAGAAGAAAUGGACUCUAUUGUGACAAUGGUGUACGAUGCCAUGGGACGAGAAGAACAUCUCCAGUCGACGUUGUUUGUCCUGUGUGGGGAUCAUGGCAUGAAUGAUGCAGGCAACCAUGGAGGCUCUUCCGUGGGUGAGACAUCCCCUGCUUUACUUUUCAUUUCUCCAAAAUUCCAAGACAUGGGGUUUCAAUACCAAAGCCCAAUUGAACCAGCCAGCGAGCUACAGUAUUACCGGACUGUUGAGCAAACUGAUCUUACGCCCACAUUGGCGGGACUUCUUGGCCUCCCAAUCCCUUUGAAUAGCCUGGGCGUGUUUAUACCGGAGCUACUUCCCAUGUGGGAGCAAACACCUGACCGGAUGUACAUGCUCCUGGAGAACUCCAGGCAAUUACUGAGUACCGUGAAAGAAGCGUUUCCAAGUUAUAACUUCGACCCCCAGCCUGUCCCUUCCAAGUGUGCAUCCGAACCCACGAGUGGCAUUGACGCGGUUCAGUGUGCUUGGAUCAAAAUCCUCGAACUACUCAAUGGGUCUGUUAGUCUGACCAACACGAACAUUCCUCCUGAACUUGAAUCAAGCCUUUUCACUUUCAUGAAGCGCUCCCAACAGCUCAUGAGCAGUGCUGCUAGUAACUAUAACCUGGGGAGCUUGUAUCUCGGCAUAUGCGUCACGUGUCUCGCGAUUUGUCUCUCCUUACCUGCCACAUACAAGCUAGUCUCGGGAACAAGACAUCCUGGGAUGUUUUUGUUAACAAGCAUUGUCAGCUAUACUUGCAUAAUGUUUGCAAGUAGCUACGUGGAGGAAGAACAGCAAUUUUGGUACUGGAUAUUUACCGGAUGGAUCUUCUACCUCCAUGUCAGGUCUUUCGGCCACGCCUACCAAAAGUCCGUUUCAGACAAGAAGCAUCAGGCCUUCACAUUCUGGCUUUCAACACUGGGCUCGCUCGGACUCGCAGUUUCUCAUCGCAUCCUACGACGCUGGAACCAAACUGGCCAAAAAUUCUCUGCGGAACCAGACAUCGCCAAGUCUUUUCUCCCAUCUCAUCAAUACAUCUUGUGGGCCUUGGUUGCCACCACAUACGCCGAUAGAUAUGUUCGCCUCGUCUCUCAUCACCCGAGAUCGAUCAUUUGGCAGCUCCUCGCGCAGUCCGUCACGAUGACGGCUUUUCUAUUCAAGCUUGUCUUUGCGUUAUCAGACUCUCCAGAGCUUCUUGAUAACUCUUUCUUAGAGCCCGUGUCAAAAAUCGCCAACUUGCUAUCUAUAGUCUGGCAUGCUCGUGUCGUCCUGUUUGGACUACUGGCGCUUGUCGUGUUUUCCGAGAGCACUGCCCGCUUCAGGGCGUCAGACGUAGCAAAAGGCGAAGCUUCCGCAUCUACGCCGAGCACCGUUUUUCAUGAGGCCCUUACCCUUUUCCUAAUGACCCAGUCGCGGGCCACAAAUAUUCCGCUGUUUCUCCUUUUUAGGUUCCAGGCGGAUAUUCUGGCCUCUAUGGACUUGACGAUCGUGGAACAGGCGGUUACAUCGCUGUUGUUCCAGUAUAUGACGUUCUUUGCCUUUGGCGGAUCGAAUUCGAUAUCUUCAGUCGACCUUUCCAACGCCUAUAACGGGAUUGGCAGCUACAGCGUCGUCUUUGUCGGCAUCCUGACCUACAUCAGCAACUGGGCUGGGCCAAUCUGGUGGGUAUCCGCAAGUCUACUGCUUCGGUCAAAGUCGACAAUGGAUGAAAGACAUGCCCAUUUGACAAUCCUCACCUUUCACAUGGCAUCUACAUUGGCCUCUGUCAUGGUGGCCUGCACGAUACUGAGAACACACCUGUUCAUCUGGACGGUCUUCUCGCCGAAGUAUCUGUAUUCCAUGGCGUGGGCGCUUAUAAACCACUUGCUCGUGAACAUACUGGGAGAGAUCGGCUUCGCUCUCUUGUGA